AUGACUCAAUCAUCUCUGAAGAAACAAGUUCGGCAAGGAGAUGACAAUGUCAAACCUAUCAAAAGUGUAAAGAAAGAUGCAACUGAAAAAGCUGAUGACUUUGCAAGGGAACAUAUAACUGGUGGAUGGCGACCUGGUAUGGAUCACAAGGUGGAUGACUCCGGUCACUUUGAGUUCGGAGGAUCACUUGGAGUUCUAGCUCUCAUGAUUGGUUUCCCUACUCUAAUGUAUUACAUGUGGAUUGGCGCUAUAUAUUAUGAUGGCAAAUUUCCUCUACCCACCGAAGGACAAUCUUUUACAGACUUUGCGAAACAUCUCCUACAUUUGGUUUACACCAGAGCUUUCCCUCAUUUCAGGGCAUGGCGCAUAUACUGGACCUAUUACAUUUUUGAAGUUGCAUGCUAUCUGUUUAUGCCUGGCUUUACAUGUUUCGGCAAGCCUCUGCUUCAUGAAGGUGACAAACAGCUUAAAUACUAUUGUUCGGCAUAG